CCGAGACUAUGCAGUGAAGACGAGAACUAGACAAGACAAGCCGAUCACAGUAAAAUCAAGUCAAAGAUUUCGCAAUGGCCGGCUCAAUUACCAAACCCAAGAAGCCCAAGUCUAAGCGAACUCCCGUUCGUCUUCGCCACAAGAUCGAAAAGGCUUCCGCCGCAAAGCAAAAGAAGGAGCGCAAGUUGGCAAAGAAGAACCCGGAAUGGCGAUCAAAGUUAAAGAAGGACCCCGGUAUCCCCAACCUGUUCCCCUACAAGGAGAAGCUGCUCCAGGAGAUUGAAGAGAACCGUCUAAAGAAGGCCGAGGAGGCGCAAAGAAGAAAGGAGCUGGCCAAGGCUGCAAAGACGGGCGCCAAGGACGAGGCGGCCAUGACCGAUGUCCAGGUCGACGUUGGCGACGAGAUGGAGGAGGACGGCAUGGACGAGGAUAUCGACGAGUCAAACCCCAUGGCUGCGCUUAUCGCGAGCGCCCGCGCUGCUGCUGCUACCUAUGAUCGACAACUCGCUGACGACGAUGAUAUGGACGAGGACGACGAUACCGACGGCUCCGACAACGACCGUGGCCCUGAGAUGUCCAUUGGCCAGGCCUCAUCGAGAAAGACCUAUGACAGAGUCUUCAAGCAAGUCGUUGAGCAGGCCGAUGUUGUUCUUUAUGUCCUCGAUGCUCGCGAUCCCGAGGGCACCCGCUCUCGCGAGGUUGAGCGCCAGAUUAUGGCUGCCGCAUCUGGCGGCAAGCGACUGAUCCUUGUCAUUAACAAGGUUGAUCUCAUCCCUCCCAAGGUUCUACGAGACUGGCUUAUCUACCUGCGACGGUACUUCCCUACUCUGCCUCUCCGAGCCUCUGGCGCUGCUCCCAACGCCCACACCUUUAACCACCGCGAUCUGACCGUCCAGAGCACCUCUGCCACGCUCUUCAAGGCCCUCAAGAGCUUUGCCGCCAGCCGACAACUCAAGCGCGCCGUCUCUGUUGGUGUUAUCGGUUAUCCUAACGUCGGCAAGAGCUCUGUUAUCAACGCUCUUCUUUCAAGGAUGAGCGGUAAGGGUGGCAGCUCUUCCAAGGCUUGCCCUGCUGGUGCCGAGGCUGGUGUUACCACAAGUAUUCGCUCUGUCAAGAUCGACAGCAAGCUUACUCUUCUCGACUCCCCCGGUGUUGUUUUCCCUUCAUCGUCUUCCACCCAAUCUGCUGGUCUCGUUUCUCUCAAGAACGCCACUGAGGCACAUGCUCACUUGGUUCUCCUCAACGCUGUCCCCCCCAAGCAGAUCGACGAUCCUAUGCCCGCCGUAACUCUUCUCCUGAAGCGUCUGUCAGCUUCUCCCGAUCUUAUGCAGAAGCUCACAAGCGUCUACGAUAUUCCUGCCCUCCUCCCUGAUCGUGCCGAUGGUGAUAUCACCACCGACUUCCUCGUUCAAGUCGCCCGCAAGAGAGGCCGUCUUGGUCGUGGCGGUAUUCCUAACCUCUCUGCUGCUGCUAUGACAGUCGUCACUGACUGGCGAGACGGCCGCAUCCAGGGAUGGGUUGAGCCUCCUGUUCUAGCUGUCGAGUCGACAACUACCGCCUCCAAGUCGGCCAUCAAGAACGCUGGCGAGGACGAGGUUGCUGCUGACCAGAAGCAGAUCGUGACCGAAUGGGCUGCCGAGUUCAAGCUCGAGGGCCUAUGGGGUGACGAUGAGGGCAGUGCCGAAGCCGCCGAUGCUAUGGAGCAGUAAAGAAAAGUGUUUCAGCGGUUUUGUUCAGCAGAAUGACGGAAGGGUUAACAUGAGUUCUUCACUGGAAAGUUUGGCGUUUCAAGGAUCCGGUAGAACGGUUUGUAUCCGUGCAUAUACAUUCGUAAAAAAACAAUUUGUCUUCCCAAAACUCCUACAUGGUUUACCAAGUGACUCGUAGAUUAUGCAUGAUGCCGUGUACCUCCCAACACAACCCAGCUUUUGUUCGCCUAUAUCUAUGCUUCGAUCAAUUCCAUCUUGACACCGCGUUUGCCUGUCAUUUCAUCCUUCUCGUCACGGACUCUAACCCUGACUUUUUGGAAGAGCUCUACCUUGAUCUCGCGGCUUCCCUUGGUCGUAAGCGUGUAUGUCUCUGCGUCAUACUCAGCCUCGGGCUCAGGCUCUGCAAGGUCUCGAAGGCGGAUCAGGCCCUCUGUACCAAAGCGUGGAACAAGAACGACGAAGCCGUUGCUGAAAAUCUUCAUCACGAACGCGUCUUCCUCAGCAACCUUGCCCUUCAGGGCUUGGCCGACAUAGUAGGCGAUGCUGGCACGACCAGCCAUCUGAGCAUUGCGGUGGCGCACGUUGAUGUUCUUACAGACAGCCUCAAGGCGACCCCGGCUGCGGACGUUGGGGUGUAUGGCCUCAUAGUCGAUGGCAGCAGCGAGCUGUCUAUGGGCAAGAAGAUCGGCGUAACGUCGAAUGGGAGAGGUGAAAUGAGUAUAGAUCUCUGAAGCAAGACCGUAAUGGCGGAAUUCAGGAUAGGCUUGUGUUCCAGAGCAGAAAUACUCUGCACUCAUCAUGCAGCGAGUAGCCAUGAUACGCACAAGGGUGUUGAAGAAUGGCUCCUUGGGGUCCACGCACUGAUCCAGAGAAUCGGCAAGGGCCUUGCUGGAGUCGGUCCGCAACUCCAUGCCACGCUUGGUGCGGAGUUGGUUUGAUAGUUCGUCAAAGUUUGUCUUGGGGGGAGCCGCGUGACGUCGGAGAAUGGCGGUUUGAGGAAAUGCUUCAUAAAUCUUGGCUGCAACGCUAACGUUGGCAAACAACAUGAACUCUUCGACGAGAGAGUUUGUAUCGAGAAGCUGCUUUGUCUUGACAUCAAUAGGGUCAGACGUCUCAGAUUCAGUUUGCACCUUGACUUCUGGGGAAGAGAGGCUCAGGGCACCAGCAUCCAUUCGCUUCUUCUUUAAUUUCUUGGACAACAUGAGAAGCAUGCGCAUUCCCUUGGUAAGAUCAUCUUGCUGAGACUCAUCGUCAAUUCGCAACUGGGCCUGUUCGUAGCUGAACGCUUCUCGAGAUUUGAUGACAGACUUGGUGAAGCGAACGUUGACGAUGUCAGCAUUGUCGUUCAGCUCCCAGAGCACCGAGAAUGCAAAUCGCUCAACGUAAGGCUUGAGCGAGCAAAGAUCCGUACCGAGAAGAGGAGGCAGCAUAUCGAUACGCUUGUCGACGAGAUAGACUGUGGUACCCCGGAUGCUGGCUUCAGUAUCCAUGGCGUUGGCAGGCUUGACAAAGUUGGACACGUCGGCGAUGUGAACACCAACUUCAUAGUUCCCAUUAGGGAGCUGUUUGGCAUGGAGAGCAUCAUCGAUAUCCUGGCACCCAACAGGGUCAAUACUGCAGAUGAGAAGACCUCGGAGAUCCUCUCUCUGCCUCCAACCAGGAUCUUCCAUGCUCGUCGGCACUCUCCAGUCGUGUCCCUCUCUGGGAAGGCAGUCUAAUACGGUCUUGGGAAAAGGCCGAUAUUGAACAUCCCACUCCAGCAACAGAGCUUCAGUCUC